GCGGGGCCGGACGCCGGACACCCGAGCGCGGGCAGACGAGCGAGCGGGAGGCAGGGCGGGCGCGGGGCGCCCUUGCCCGGAGCCAUGGGCGCGGGGCGGCGCGGGGCCCGGGAGCGGCGCGGCCCGGAGGCGCGAGGGACCGGGGCACGGGCCCGGGGCCGCCUCUAGCCGGCACCGAGGGCGCGGGCCCGGGGAUGAGGGCGACCGCGGCGGGGAGCCCGUCUGCGCGCCGCGGCGCCGUCCCGCCCAGAGAGCGAGCCCGAGCAGGCAGACGCGUGGCCGGCGGUCUGGGGGCGCGCCGCCUCCCGGCCCCCAGAAUGUGAAGCGGGGAGGGCAGAGACGCAGAGACGGCCCGGCCGGGCGCCCUCGCCGCCCUCCGGCAGCCGCGCCGCGCUCCCCUUCCCCUGCCCGCCGAGGCCGCGCCGGCCCCGCGGGCCACGGCCCGGGCAGCGAAGCCGCUGAGCCCCCGCGUCGCUCGGACCCGGCUUCGGCCCGCAGCGGGUUCGUGGCCCAGACGUGGUAGGAGCAGGGCCCGGGACGGUGCGUCCGGCCUCGCCCGCGGCUCCUCGCCCAGACAAGUUUGAACAAUGAUCACAGUCAACCCCGAUGGGAAGAUAAUGGUCAGAAGAUGCCUGGUCACCCUGAGACCCUUUCGGCUUUUUGUCCUGGGCAUUGGCUUCUUCUCACUCUGCUUCCUGAUGACGUCUCUGGGAGGCCAGUUCUCAGCCCGGCGCCCGGGGGACUCCCCCUUCACUGUCCGCACAGAAGUGAUGGGUGGGCCGGAGUCCCGCGGUGUCCUCCGCAAGAUGAGUGACCUGUUGGAGCUGAUGGUGAAGCGCAUGGACACACUGGCCAGACUGGAGAACAGCAGUGAGCUGCAUCGGGCUGCCGGCGACAGGCACUUCCCUGUGGACAGGCUACCCGCCGGGGCCGGCCUCAUGGAGCGGAUCCAGGCCAUAGCCCAGAACGUCUCAGACAUCGCCGCGAAGGUGGACCAGAUCCUGCGCCACAGCCUGCUCCUGCACGGCAAGGUGUCUGAAGGCCGGCGGGACCAGUGUGAGGCACCCAGCGACCCCAAGUUCCCUGACUGCUCAGGGAAGGUAGAGUGGAUGCGUGCCCGCUGGACCUCUGACCCCUGCUACGCCUUCUUUGGGGUGGACGGCACCGAGUGCUCCUUCCUCGUCUACCUCAGUGAGGUCGAGUGGUUCUGUCCCCCGCUGCCCUGGAGGAACCGGACGGCCACCCAGAGAGCCCGCAAGCCCCUCCCCAAAGUCCAGGCAGUUUUCCGGAGCAAUCUAUCCCACCUCCUGGAGCUGAUGGGCAGCGGGAAGGAGUCUCUAAUCUUCAUGAAGAAACGUACCAAGCGGCUCACGGCCCAGUGGGCACUGGCUGCCCAGCGCCUGGCGCAGAAGCUGGGGGGCGCCCGGAGGGACCAGAAGCAGGUCCUUGUCCACAUUGGCUUCCUGACGGAGGAGUCUGGGGACGUGUUCAGCCCGCGGGUGCUGAAGGGCGGGCCUCUGGGGGAGAUGGUGCAGUGGGCAGACAUCCUGGCUGCUCUCUACGUCCUGGGCCACGGCCUCCGGGUCACGGUGUCCCUGAAGGAGCUGCAGAGUAACUUAGGGGUGCCGCCAGGCCGGGGGAACUGCCCGCUCACCAUGCCCCUGCCUUUCGACCUCAUCUACACUGACUACCACGGCCUGCAGCAGAUGAAGCAACACAUGGGACUCUCCUUCAAGAAGUACCGGUGCCGCAUCCGGGUCAUCGACACCUUCGGGACAGAACCUGCAUACAACCAUGAGGAGUACGCCACGCUGCACGGCUACCGGACAAACUGGGGCUACUGGAACCUCAACCCUAAGCAGUUCAUGACCAUGUUCCCUCACACCCCGGACAACUCCUUCAUGGGCUUCGUGUCCGAAGAGCUCAACGAGACAGAGAAGCAGCUUAUCAAAGGCGGCAAGGCCAGCAACAUGGCCGUGGUGUACGGCAAGGAGGCGAGUAUCUGGAAGCUCCAGGGGAAGGAGAAGUUCCUGAGCAUCCUGAACAAGUACAUGGAGAUCCACGGCACCGUGUACUACGAGAGCCAGCGGCCCCCCGAAGUCCCGGCUUUCGUGAAGAACCACGGCCUCUUGCCGCAGCCUGAGUUCCAGCAGCUGCUGCGCAAGGCCAAACUCUUCAUAGGGUUUGGCUUCCCCUACGAGGGCCCUGCCCCCCUGGAGGCCAUCGCCAACGGCUGUGUCUUCCUGCAGUCCCGCUUCAGCCCGCCCCACAGCUCGCUCAACCAUGAGUUCUUCCGUGGCAAACCCACCUCCAGAGAGGUGUUCUCCCAGCAUCCCUACGCAGAGAGCUUCAUUGGCAAGCCCCACGUGUGGACCGUCGACUACAACAACUCAGAGGAGCUUGAAGCAGCCAUCAAGACCAUCGUGAGAACCCAGGUGGACCCCUACCUGCCCUACGAGUACACGUGUGAGGGGAUGCUGGAGCGGGUCCAUGCCUACAUCCAGCACCAGGACUUCUGUGCGGCCCCAGGCCCUGCCCCCCCAGGGGCCCGAGCCCCGGAGAGCCCCUUCAUCCUGGCCCCCAACGCCACUCACCUCAAGUGGGCCCGCAACGCCAGCUUGGCCCCCGGGGCCUGGCCCCCAGCGCACUCCCUCCGGGCCUGGCUGGCCGCCGCUGGGAGGGCCUGCACGGACGCCUGCCUGGACCACGGGCUGAUCUGCGAGCCUUCCUUCUUCCCCUUCCUCAACAGCCAGGACGCCUUCCGGACGCUGCAGGUGCCCUGUGAUGGCACCGAGUCGGAGAUGAACCACCUGUACCCGGCCUUUGCCCAGCUGGGCCAGGAGUGCUUCCUGCAGAAGGAGCCUCUGCUCUUCAGCUGCGCCGGCUCCAGCAGCAAGUACCGCCGGCUCUGCCCCUGCCGAGACUUCCGCAAGGGCCAGGUGGCCUUGUGCCAGGACUGUCUGUGAGGGUGCCCACCCAGCUGGCCCUCCCCGCCGCAGGAGAAAGCACCAGCAGAUUCUGAGCUCCAGCGACCCGCCCU